CGAAAAAAUCCACAAACACUUCUCGACCUCAAAUUCGAACGAACUUCGACUCCACGAUCGCGACUUCGACCAACCCGACCGCAAUCAUGGCCACCGAACUUACCGUGCAAUCGGAGCGUGCGUUCCAGAAGCAACCUCACAUCUUCUUGAACUCGAAGUCCAAGGCGAAGUCCAGGGCUGUUGGCAAGGGAGGACGAAGAUGGUACAAGGACGUUGGAUUGGGAUUUCGAACACCAAAGACUGCGAUUGAAGGUCACUAUAUCGACAAGAAAUGCCCUUUCACCGGUCUCGUCUCCAUCCGUGGCCGUAUCUUGACUGGCACUGUCGUUUCCACUAAGAUGCACCGAACUCUUAUUAUCCGCCGAGAAUACCUUCACUUCAUUCCCAAGUACGCCCGUUAUGAGAAGAGACACAAGAACCUCGCUGCGCACGUCUCGCCAGCUUUCCGUGUUGAGGAUGGUGAUCAGGUUACCGUUGGACAAUGCAGACCUUUGAGCAAGACUGUCCGAUUCAAUGUUCUCCGCGUGCUCCCCAGAACUGGCAAGGCUGUCAAGCAGUUCAGCAAAUUCUAAACGGUUUCUUUGGGCUUUCGAUACGGCUGCAUGGGAUUUGUUGGUUGCGCAUCAGAGCAAAGGGUUGUGAUGAUAUGGUCUCUGCGAUGGCUG